CUGAAUGUUGCGUCUUCAGAUAAAUUUGGACCAGGCGAAGCGAACGAAGAGUUCGAUGUGGAUUAUACUAAGGAAUUCACGACAGAGAAGAAGAAACCGCGAGCUGUAAAACGGACAGCGGGAGAAGAAGAUGGAGAAGAUGACGAAGUGGACUUUGAGUUAGACGAUGAUGACGAGGAGAAUGAGGAGUCAGAAGGUGGAGAAGACGAUGAGGAGGAUGACGAAGGUGUAGAAGAAGAUGAUGAAGAUGUUGAAAUGGAGUCUGAUUCUGAUGAUGACGUAAGUGAUCGUAAAACGAGUCGAAGGAAGGAAGAUUUUGGUGACAGUGAUGAUAGUGAUGACGGCAUGGGUGGAAACGAUGCGGACGCGGCUGGCGAAAAGAAGAAGUCAUCGACUAGUCGAGUACUCAGAAAGAAGCAGUUCGAUCCUUGGGGAGUCAAGAAGCUUUCUGUGUCGUCAAAGGAGUACAUUUCAAAGAAAACUAGUGAACUACCAGCUGACGAACAUUAUCUUCAUCGAUUUGCGUCGCUGAAGUUCCAUCCUCCGGACAAAGAAAAGAAAGAGGAAGAUGACUGGGAAAUUGAAAGUGUUGAUUCGGCUGAAUUUGAUGCAAUUAUUGGUAAGUUUACCAAUGCAGUCUCUGGGACUUCGGCUACAAUAUCGAAAGAGCUGAAUGUUGCGUCUUCAGAUAAAUUUGGACCAGGCGAAGCGAACGAAGAGUUCGAUGUGGAUUAUACUAAGGAAUUCACGACAGAGAAGAAGAAACCGCGAGCUGUAAAACGGACAGCGGGAGAAGAAGAUGGAGAAGAUGACGAAGUGGACUUUGAGUUAGACGAUGAUGAUGAGGAGAAUGAGGAGUCAGAAGGUGGAGAAGACAAUGAGGAGGAUGACGAAGACGUAGAAGAAGGUGACGAAGAUGUUGAAAUGGAGUCUGAUUCUGAUGAUGACGCAAGUGGUCGUAAAACGAGCCGAAGAAAGGAAGAUUUCGCUGGACAGGAUGACAGUGAUGAGCGGCUAUGGGUGGAAAGUGCAGCGUGGACGCGGCUGGAAAAAGUUUGCGGCUCUCUUAGAAGAUUUCGAAGAAGAGGAAGCAACAACGAGCAAAAAAGGCAAAAGGAAGUGGAAGAAGUCGAAGGCGCUGAAGCGAAAGAAAAAUUGAUGUUAUGGUUUCGGAUUGUUAUUGUUGGAGUGUAG